AUGGGUAAGUAUACCAAGACCGCGAUUCUGUCAGUUUAUGAUAAGACAGGUUUAUUAGACUUAGCUAAGGGAUUAGUGGAGAACAAUGUUCAUAUCCUAGCAUCUGGGGGGACAGCCAACAUGGUCAGGGAGGCCGGUUUCCCUGUGGACGAUGUUUCUUCAAUCACACAUGCGCCUGAAAUGCUAGGGGGCAGGGUGAAAACUUUGCAUCCUGCAGUACAUGCGGGGAUCCUUGCCAGAAAUCUAGAGAGUGAUGAGAAAGACUUGAAGGAUCAACACAUCGACAAGGUGGAUUUUGUCGUCUGCAAUUUGUAUCCCUUCAAAGAAACUGUGGCUAAGAUCGGUGUUACGGUACAAGAAGCCGUGGAAGAAAUUGACAUUGGUGGAGUAACUUUAUUGAGAGCUGCUGCGAAGAAUCAUUCCAGAGUCACUAUUUUGUCAGAUCCGAACGAUUACUCUAGCUUCUUACAAGAUUUGACCAAAAAUGGUGAAAUAUCUCAAGAUCUAAGAAAUAGGUUCGCUUUAAAGGCAUUCGAACACACAGCCGACUAUGAUGCAGCAAUUUCUGAUUUUUUCAGGAAACAGUACUUUGAGGGAAAAGCUCAAUUACCACUAAGAUACGGUUGUAAUCCUCAUCAAAGACCUGCACAAGCUUACAUCACCCAACAGGAAGAGUUGCCUUUCAAAGUUCUUUGCGGUACGCCAGGGUAUAUAAACCUUUUGGAUGCCUUGAACUCGUGGCCCUUGGUGAAAGAGUUAUCGGCGUCAUUAAACCUACCAGCCGCAGCAUCGUUCAAGCAUGUCUCUCCUGCUGGUGCUGCAGUGGGUAUUCCAUUGUCUGAUGUUGAAAGGCAAGUUUAUUUUGUAAACGAUGUGGACGAUCUAUCACCAUUGGCAUGCGCAUACGCUAGAGCUCGCGGUGCGGACAGGAUGUCAUCAUUUGGCGAUUUCAUUGCCCUAUCUAACAUCGUGGACGUCGCGACGGCAAAGAUCAUCUCCAAGGAGGUUUCCGAUGGUGUGAUUGCCCCCGGAUAUGAACCGGAAGCAUUGAAGAUAUUAUCUAAGAAGAAGAACGGGAAAUACUGUAUCCUACAAAUCGACCCGAACUUUGUUCCUGGGCAAUUGGAAUCCAGAGACGUUUAUGGUGUAACACUACAACAAAAGAGGAACGAUGCGAUUAUAAACCAGUCCACUUUCAAGGAGAUCGUGUCCAAAAAUAAGGGACUAACUGAGCAGGCCGUAAUCGAUUUAACCGUUGCCACGUUAGUUUUGAAGUACACGCAGUCGAAUUCCGUUUGCUAUGCCAAGAACGGUAUGGUUGUUGGGCUGGGAGCUGGCCAACAAUCGCGCAUACACUGCACUAGAUUGGCCGGGGACAAGACGGACAACUGGUGGCUAAGACAACACCCAAAGGUGCUGAACAUGAAGUGGGCCAAGGGAAUCAAGAGGGCUGACAAGUCCAACGCGAUCGAUCUCUUUGUUACAGGGCAAAGGAUAGAGGGUCCAGAGAAGACGGACUAUGAAAGCAAAUUCGAAGAGAUCCCUGAACCUUUCACCAAGGAGGAGAGACUGGAAUGGCUGGGCAAACUAACCAACGUGUCGCUAUCGUCCGACGCGUUUUUCCCCUUCCCAGAUAACGUUUAUAGAGCCGUGCAGUCCGGCGUGAAGUUCAUUGCUGCCCCAUCGGGGUCCGUCAUGGACAAAGUUGUGUUUCAAGCGGCGGAUUCAUUCGAUGUUGUCUACGUGGAGAACCCGAUCCGUCUGUUCCACCAUUAG